AUGAACAGCACUGCCAAAAGCCUUUUGAAAUUGGUUAAACACGGCUGCGCUGCGUGGCUGAGAAGCAGCUCCACUCACUCUGGAAGACGGCAUCUUCGGAAACUCGUUCUGGGAAUAGAGACAAGCUGUGACGACACCGGCGCUGCUGUGGUGGACGAUGCUGGCAAUGUUCUGGGAGAAGUGCUGCACUGUCAGAAGGAAGUCCAUCUACAAGCAGGUGGAAUAAUUCCUGUGGUGGCACAGCAGCUUCACAGAGAAAACAUCGAGCAAGUAGUGAAAGAGACGCUCAGUAUCAGUGGGGUUUCUGUACAUGAACUUGCAGCUAUUGCAACGACAGUAAAACCAGGGCUGGCACUAAGCCUGGAAGUGGGCCUGCGACACAGCUUGAGCUUGGUGAGCAGGCACCAGAAGCCGUUCAUCCCCGUCCACCACAUGGAGGCUCACGCGCUGACCGUCAGGCUGACGCACCGCGUGGAGUUUCCCUUCUUGGUUCUUUUACUCUCCGGAGGCCACUGCAUCUUGGCAGUAGCACAAGGAAUUUCAGAUUUCCUUACGCUUGGACAGUCCAUAGAUAUAGCACCGGGUGACAUGCUGGAUAAGGUAGCAAGAAGACUCUCUUUAAGAAAGCACCCAGAGUGCCACAGCAUGGCUGGAGGGCAGGCGAUAGAGCACUUGGCCCGGACUGGAAACCGGCACCACCACACGUUCAGCCUUCCCAUGCAGCAGCAUCGCAACUGUGAUUUUUCUUUUUCUGGCCUUCAGAACCUGGUCAAUAAAGCCAUUAUACAAAAAGAAAAAGAAGAAGGUAUUCAAGAAGGCGAGAUCCUGUCCUGCGCUAAGGAUAUAGCUGCCGCCGUACAGCACGCAGUGGCUGCUCAUAUUAUCCAGAGGACAUACCGAGCCAUGCUGUUCUGCAUAAAAAAUAACAUAUUAUCAUCAAAAACCGCAACAUUGGUUGUAGCAGGAGGAGUUGCAAGUAAUCAGUAUAUCCGAAAAGGUCUGCAGACUUUGGCAGAUGAAAAUGAUUUUGCUUUUCUGUGUCCUCCUCCAAGACUGUGCACUGACAAUGGUGUCAUGAUCGCAUGGAAUGGCGUUGAAAGGUUACGUGCAGGACUUGGUGUUUUACACAGUACUGAAGGCAUCCGCUAUGAACCAAAAGCUCCACUUGGAAUUAACAUUUCAAAAAGGGUUGAAGAAAAUUCCAUCAAGGUGCCAAAACUAAUGAAGAUAGAGUGGUUGGCAUCUUAAAAAGUAACUUCCUGAAGUAAAUGCAACUA